AUGCCUCGCUGGACCUUUGAAGUCACGCCCGAUACCCUAUCCAAGACUGAGAAAGACACCCUAGCCCAAGCCAUCACCGACAACUACGUUAAACAUGGCAUCCCUCCAUUCCUAGUGAACGUCUUCUUUCACGAAAACCGAAUCGGCACUUUCUACAGCGGCGGUAAAACCCCUCCCAACACGGUCUUUCUCGUCCUUGAUCACGCCGCUCGCUCUUUUCCCAACGACACGGUCCGUCUGGCCUUCAUCGAUAGUGUCAAUGCUAUUGUGGAACCGAUCCUCGGACCCAAAGGGGUCAAAUGGGAGUAUAAUAUCUACGAACAUCCCCCGGACAAUUGGCGCGUGAACAGCAUGAUUCCUCCAGUCCAGAACAAAGAGGUCUGGCAGCAGUGGAUGGAUCGAAACGAGGCGGUUCGAUAUGGAGAUUACCUAGUUGAAAGGGCGGGCAGGCAGGGUCUCAAGCUGUGA